AUGUUAAGAAGAGUUGUCGCCCGUGGUUCCAAAGAAUUCAGAAGAAGUAACAGUACAUCUUCUCAAAAAGUUUGGUCCAACUUUUCCAAAAGAUCUCCAAGUUUAAAACUUAGUAAUGAAGCAAUCAACAACAAUUUAUUUGGAAAAUCUACGGAUGGACCUGGAUCUAUGAUAAGUCAUUCAAGAAGAGCAGCUUACCACUCUCCUAAUGAAAUUGAUUCAACCUUUGCUAUGGCUUACGAAAUCUUAGAGCAAAAGGCUGAAGACUUAUAUAAUCAAGUUGAAAAAUUGGAGCAACAGUUGGCUCAAACCAAAGAUGAAGAGUCGAUCAAACAAUUGAAGGAUCAAAUUGACACCUUACUUAUUAGAGCCGAAAUUCAAAACCCUGAAGUUAUGUACAAUAGCAGUUUCAAUGAUCCAGAUUCGCUUGAUAAAACCCAACCAGUCUACAGAAAAGCCUUGGAACAAAAAUGGAAAAAAUAUGAUUUAAUGGUUACCAUGCAAAGAUUAGAACAAUUGCAUGUGAUUCCAGACACAUUACCAACCCUCGAACCAAAAUGUGAUGUCAAAAUUAGAUUUGGCCACAACUCUGACUCGGAAUUUUCUCACUGGAUUGUUCCAGGUGAAAUGUUACCCACAAUUGCUGUAUCGCAACCUCCUACUAUCAAGAUUCAAGAAUUUGAACGUGUUGAUGGUAAAAACUUAUAUUCUGUAUUAUUGGUUAACCCAGAUACUCCAGAUUUACCAGCCAACUCAUUUUCAACUACUCUCCAUUACGCAUUAGCCAAUGUUCCUUUAGACAAUGUUGACAACACUAUUGACCCUUCAAAAUUACUAACUAAGGGUGAAGAAUAUACUCUUGCCGAUUUCGAGCCAUUGGUUCCUGAAAAGAACACCCCAACCCAAAGAGCUUGUCUCUGGGUAUUCAGACAAACCAAGCCAUUGGACAUUAAACCAGUUGCUAGAAAACAUUUUGACAUCAGAACAUUUGUCCAAGAACAAGGAUUGAUACCCGUUGGUGCUCAUGUUUGGAGACAAGGCUUUGAUAGAAGUGUCAAUCAAGUUAGAGAAAUGUAUGGUUUGGGCAAGGGAAGAGUUUUCCACAGAGUCAGAGGUAUUGAACCAUUACCCCAAUAA